AUGGGAGACUCUCGGCAAGCCCAUCUGACGCCCUUCGCUACACUCGAAAACCAGCCAGGGAGCAACGAGAUGUCCACUGACUCCUACCGCCAGAGUGCCCACACCCUGCUCCAAAAGGCCCGAGACGAGCUCGUCGCAGGCGAUGCGCGCCAAGCUUCGGAAAAAGGCUGGGGCGCCGCAGCACAGAUGCUCAAGGCCAUCGCACAGCAAGCCGGCGUCCAGCACCACAGCCACGCCGCCCUCGCCCAAAUCGCCAGCAACGUACACGGACAGACCGGAGAGGACAAUAUCGCCACCUGGUUUGCCGUCGCUCAGAACCUCCACAUCAACUUCUACGAGGACCACCUAUCCGACGAGUUCGUCCACAUCUACCUCAACCAGAUCUCCCUUCUGGUCAAUCGCCUCGACCGUUACCUCGCCGAAAUCUGA